AUGUACAUCACCCUUUACUACCUAGUCACCCGCCUCCCUGACUCCCUUUCUUCAGUUAGGGACCACUUUCUCUCCCUUUGCCCCACCGAACUCACUGUCGACCUGCUAGAGGAGCGCCUAGUUGCAGCUGAGAAGAGUAUCUUAGCUGUAGGUGCUUCUCGCGGCGACCGUCGCACCCCUUUCUUUGAGGGGUGUUCCCCUGUCCCCCUUCUCCCCUCUGUUGCUUCUGCUGCUGCUGUCGACCUCGUUGGCACUGAGGAGGUCGGAGCUACGUCUGCCCCUAGUGGGAGACGCCACAACAGCAAGGGCAAGGGGAGCAAGGGUGGUGGAGGGGACGGCGGGGGCGGCGGCGGAGGCGGUGGAGGAGGCGGAGGGGGUGGCGGUGGAGGUGGGGGUGGUGCCGGGAGUGGGGGCUUCAGUGGCGGCGGUGGAGGUGGUGGAGGCAGCGGCGGAGGUGGUGGAGGCAGCGGCAGCGGUGGUGGAGGCAGCGGCAGCGGUGGCGGAGGUGGCGGUGGCGGUGGUGCUGGUCGAGGUGCAGCCGCGCAGUGUGGAGGCUUUGGUGGUAGCCAGCGCCAGCAGCAGCCGCGUUCCCGUGAGACCCCGUCGGCCCAGCAGCUUCGUGAGUGGUACGCUGGGCGUGGGAGGUCUGGGGGUGCUUGUCCCUGCACUUACGUUCUUCGCACCGGCAGUCGUCGUGGGGAGACGUGCGGGCUGCCACACACUGCGCAGCGCUGCUUCGGUCGCAUGACUGACGCCUGGCGCGCCCAGUUUCCUGACGCUGUUGAGCUCCCUCGCUGGGGUGAUCUACUUAGGCAGAAUGUGGCUAUCUUUGAUCUUGAUUUCGAUGCUAUCCUUGCUGCCAUGUAUGCUUUGAGUGAUAGUGCUGAGGGUGACUGUUACCUGAGUGUCCCGCCCAGCCCGGGCAUUGAGGCUGCUGCUCUAGGUGCUAGUGCGUCUGCUGCUCCAGGUACAGGUGAGUCUGCUGCUCCAGGUGCUGGUGAGUCUGCUCUCUCUGGUACUACACCUACUGAGGCCUUGCACACUUUCACACUUGACUCUGGUGCUUCGCGCUCUUUCUUUAGAGACAGCACCACGCUCAUGCCGCUCAGUCGGCCUGUCGCAGUCUCCUUGGCUGACCCCUCUUGGGGCCCAGUCCUUGCGCACUCUUCCACGGCUCUCCCGUGCCCUGCGGCCCCGUCGGGCUUGCUGUGGGGACUCCACCUCCCCUCGUUCUCUACGAACCUGGUGAGUGGAGCUGACCUCCAGGACGCGUGGGUUGAUCAGUUCACCACUGGAGGUCAGCGUGUGACCCACUGCACUUGCUCUCGGACGGGCCGCCACCUGGCCACGUUCACCCGUCGGCCUGGGUCGAGCCUCUACACACUGACUACUGCGCCUCCUCCGGUCUCUGCGUCUGGUCAGGUAGCCGCGUCUAGUCAGGUGUUUGCUGCCGCGUCCAGGUCUAGUCCUGCGUCUGCCCCCUGCUCGUGUCGUCCUCUGUCGCACGAGACUCUCCUUUGGCACCACUGCCUUGGUCACCCCUCCCUGCCUCGUCUUCGAGGUAUGGCCUCCCAUACCCUUGUCUCGGGUCUCCCCCGGUGCCUUCCUCCCCUUCCUCCGGGGCCUGCCCCCACCUGUGUUCCUUGUAUUGAGGGCCGGCAGCGCGCGGCUCCUCACUCCUCCUCGUUCCCUCCGACAGAGGCUCCCCUGCAGACUCUUCACAUGGACACGUUCACGCUUCCGGCCUCCCCACAGCAAAAUGGGAUUGCUGAGCGCCGCAUUGGCAUGGUCAUGGACGUUGCUCGUACGUCCAUGAUCCAUGCGGCUGCUCCCCAUUUUCUGUGGCCGUUCGCGGUUCAAUACGCUGCGCAUCAGAUCAACCUUCAGCCUCGUGUCUCCUUGCCUGAGACCACACCUACUCUGAGGUGGACGGGGAAGGUUGGCGAUGCGUCUGCGUUCCGUGUCUGGGGAUCUCGAGCUUUUGUCCGCGAUACUUCAGCGGACAAGCUGUCCUCCCGUGCCGUUCCCUGCGUCUUCCUUGACUUCCCCCGUGACGCACCCGGGUGGAAGUUCUACCACCCCACCUCAUGUCGUGUUCUGUCCUCUCAAGACGUCACGUUUGACGAGUCGGUGUCUUACUACCGUCUCUUUCACUACCGCACUGCCUCUCUCCCCCCCCCACCACACUUCCUAGCACCAGGUACUCCUCCGGUAGACCCCCUUCCCCCUCAGGGUCUUGCCCCCUCAGGUGUGUCUCAGGUAGACUCUGCCGAGCCGGUCGAGGUAGCUGUCGACUCAGGUGCUGCCAGGGGUGCUGAGCCUGCAGGUGCGGGGACUGGGGGUGCGGAGCCUGGGGGUGCUGAGCCUGAGCGUGUGAGGUCUGGGGGUGCUGAGCCUGCGGGUGCGGAGACUGGGGGUGUGGAGUCUGGGGGUGCUGAGCCUGAGCGUGUGGAGCCUGGGGGUGCUGCGUCUUGGGGUGCUGAGCCUGAGGGUGCUGACUCUGGAGGUUCUCUGGGUGUCUCGUUGCGGCGGGAGCCCCUCUCUCCGCAGCGGCUUCGAGAGUGGUACGCUCGGCACUGUCGCCGUGCUACUGGUGCUGUUGGUGCUGGAGCUGUUGGAGGUGCUGCUGGUGAUGGAGCUGCUGGAGGUGCUGCUGGUGCUAGAGCUGCUGGAGGCGCUGCUGGUGCUGGUGCUGCUGGAGGUGCUGCUGGUGCUGGAGCCGCUGGUCCUGGAGGUGCUCGUACUGGAGGUACUGGAGCUGCUGGGGCUGGUGGUGCUGCUGGCGUUGGCGCUGCAGGUACUGGAGCUGGUGGUGCUGCGGGAGUUGUAGUUGGAGACCCUGGCACUGAGGGCACUGGUGCUGUCUCUGCUGUUCCUAGAGGCGCUGCGAGGCCACGGCCGUACUACGUUCCGCUCCUUCAGCAGGUUCUUGUUACAGCCGGCCUCUCCCCUGCCUGGUCCUUCUCCUUACUCAGGACCGACUAG